AUGGCAGAGGUUUCAGCUACCCCAAUCCCUGCCGGUCAGACAGGGGAGAGAACUUAUGCCGACGCGAUAACGGCGCUCAACAGCUUCCAGUCGAACUUUGCAGCUCUGGAAGCUCUCCGUAAAAACCCGGGGUACUCGAAUCAAAAGUCCUUGCCUGAAAUGAUCGAGUGGUUCCGGCGGGCGGGAUAUAAGCCUUCGGAUUUCAAUAAUCUCUCAAUCCUCCAUGUUGCUGGAACGAAGGGUAAAGGCUCAACGUGUGCCUUCAUAACCUCUAUACUCCGCCAAUAUGCCCUAUCUCCAUCCUACAAAUUCCCUAGUAAAAUUGGAACCUACACCUCUCCUCACUUAAAAGCUGUCCGUGAACGGAUUCAAAUAAACGGUCAUCCAAUCUCCGAAACUCUUUUCACAAAAUACUUCUUCGAACUCUACGACCGACUCGAAGAAUCUAGUCAAAGGGAGGGUUUAGGCGGUUUAAGCGAUGGUACCAAGCCCAUGUACUUCCGGUUUUUAACCAUGCUGGCUUUUCAUACCUACGUGAGGGAAGGGUGUGAUACAGUCAUUCUAGAGGUUGGGGUCGGCGGGGAGCACGACUCAACAAAUAUUAUCGAAGCACCAACAGUUACGGGAAUCACCAGAUUGGGGAUUGAUCAUGUCGCGUUACUAGGGAAUACUUUGGGGGAAAUUGCGUGGCAUAAGGCUGGGGUGUUUAAAACUGGAUCAAAGGGGUUAAGUGUACAGCAAGAAAAAGAGGCGAUGAAAACGAUACGUGAGAGGGUAGAAGAAAAGAAAAUCGAUUUUGAGGUUGUACCAGUUUUGAAAGGGGUAGAGAAUAUCAAAUUGGGGUUGGCGGGGGAGUUCCAGAAAGGAAAUGCAAGCUUGGCGGUUAAGAUGGUUGAGGAGCAUAUGAGAAGAUGUACUGGAAAGGAUAUUGGUAUUGGAGACGGGAAUGUAUUACCGGAAGAAGUGAAGAAGGGGUUGGAAACAGCGGUAUGGAAAGGGCGGUGCCAGAUUAUCACGAAAGAAAAGGAAGAGUGGUGCAUUGAUGGUGCACAUACAAAGGAUAGUAUCAUGGAGGCCGGCAAAUGGUUUGCGGGCGUGGACCGAAGCGAAUACAAGAAUAUCGUCCUGCUAUUCAACCAGCAGACAAGAGAUGCGGAGCAACUAGCUAAAGAUCUCCAUAAGAUUCUUAAACAUCAAUUGGGUGGGGAUAUAUUUACGCAUGUUUACUUUACAACAAAUCGAACAUACAGCGACCAUACAACCAAACUAGAUCUUAUCAGUAUUAACAUCAGUAGUGAGGCUGUUGAUACACUGAAGGUCCAGAAGAAACUUGCACAAACCUGGCCGGAAACCGGGAGCAAGGCUGAGGUACAUGUUAUGGAGACUAUUCAAGAAACUGUUGAGGCGAUCAAGAAGCUAGAGGGAAAGAGCCAGGUGCUAGUUACAGGGAGUUUACAUUUGGUCGGCGGAUUCCUAGAGGUAGUGGAAGACGGAGAAGAAGCGGCCAUACUACCGAGCUAG